GCGAGGGGAGCAGGCUGAACGGACCUGCCAAGGCUCCGCGCGGUCCGUCAGGUCCGGAAAGACUAACAUGGAAUAUUUCACCUCACAACUUUUCCCUUAAGAGGAAAGCCGAGGCUGAACCGCUGACAUGGCUGUGGACGCUGCCUCCAGCUUUAGUUUCUGUCGUCCUGCAGUGGAGUACAAGGCUCUUCCGGAGGACUUUAAGUACCAACUGAGCCGCUGCACCGGUGGAAACCUCACUUGGCACGAGGGCCGUGGGCACAAAACAGCUGGUGGCCGCACUGUCAAACUUCUACAGCAGCCUGGAACUGAGGGUUUGCAGCUCCGCAGCGGAGACUCCUACUCUGUUUACCACACUAGUCCCACUCUACCCAGCCUGUCCAGACCAGUGGUUUUGUGGUCCCAGCAGGAUGUGUGCAGGUGGUUAAAGAAACACUGUCCUCACAACUACCUGACCUAUGUGGAGGCUUUUUCCCACCACGCCAUUACAGGUCGGGCUCUGUUGAGACUGAACGGUGAGAAGCUGGAGAGAAUGGGCCUGGUGCAGGAGACUCUCAGGCAGGAGCUUCUUCAGCAGGUGCUGCAGCUUCAAGUGCAAGAGGAGGGACGCAACCUCCAGUUGCUCAGCCGAGGCUCCUUCAGGAACCUGUCAUAACCCCAGCCAUGCGUGGGCACCUCUCCCAGGCUCAGUGCACUGCGAGAGGGCACCGAGGCAUGGGGGGAAAGAGAAUACAAUGAGAGACCUCUGCACUUGGACUGUCACAAACUACUGAGGCACCGGCACCUGCUUUCUAGCUGAACCUCCAUCUCCAUCUCAAACCACAGCCAAGAAGAAAACAAUGAGUCUGUAACAGCUGGGAGAAUAACAAACACUCUAACCUGAAUCUCCCCCUGCUUCCUGCGCCCUAUUCUAUAAUGUAUAUGUAGUCUGUCUGUGACUGUGAGGCUACAGAACUCAGAGCUGGAAAGCAGAUGUUUUCCUUCUAGCCAGUUCAUGCUGGUUCCCUUUUAAGAAAUAAUAACUGUUCUUUUCCUGGCCACGUCAACAAGUACUCUUUCUUUCUACAAAGGACUGUGUCUUUGUGUGUUUUGACACUUCACACAAUAACUCAUUGUAAUAAUCCUGAGAGAGACAAAUGUCAGUUGGGAGGCAGAUGACAUGCUACAGCGCAAUCACCCAAAAAUGAAGCGCCAGCCCAGACUUGCCUUUCAAAGACAUCACAUCCGACCACAAAAUGUCAGGUUGAUACUGUCUUAUGGCAUAAUGGGAAAAAAAGGCAGUGUAGCUCAUCAGGAAUUACAUUGUUCAAAGCCAGUAAAUCAGAUGAGAGCUUGCUUUUAGAAGGCCUGUGUGAACGAGAAGAAAAGACAGCUUGGCUACAAAGAAUACAGGGUGUAACUACAGACCAUCCUUCACCUUCUUGACAUGCUCUGCUUUACCUGUGGACAUUAGAGCAUUAUAGGAAUUCCACAUAACAGGAACAUUCCUGCUGCAUAUCAGUAUAUACUGAACAUUCACUGCUGCGUAAUGACCUUUUAAACUUAUUUCCUUUUAAGUACCUUUUAAAAACAGUGAUGUAAUGCAAAGGAAAAGUGGAAACUAGACCAAUAAAACUCAUAUUGUAUAAUGCCUGUCAAUACACGUACACGUUUCUUGUAAGAAGAAAAUGAAAAAUGACAAACAUCCAAAUCUUUCUCAACACAUCUCGGCAUUUCUCAUGCCUUCCUGACUUACACAAGACUGUUAACCAUGAAGACACUUGUCCCAAUUCCUACUUGCUUUGUUUUGCAAUGUGCAUAUUCAUUCCUUUCAUGUGACAUUUUAAAAAUGUAAAUAAAGUACAUUAUUAUUAAAUGGUAGACAGAAAUUUCUACCAUACUCGA